CCCGCUGAGACCCCCGGCCAACCUCGCUCCCCCUCCCACCCGGGGGACAAAGGGCGGGGGCGGGGGCGCAUCCCCAAGCGUGACCUUCCCCAGCACUGCGCACGCGCCCCGCCCCCUCCACCACGGGGGAGGGGCCCUGCUCGCCCACACGAGUGCGGGGGAGGGUCGUGGGGAGGCGCAGCGCGUGGGAUGGAUCCCCGCCCCAUGGCUGGAAGUUGGGGCACGGUCCCCUCCCUGCCGCGCCUCUCGCUUCUUUUGGCUCCGAGGUGACCCGUGAUGAGGGGCCGCACCAUCCAGGCCAGAAAGUCUCCGCUCGGGCGGCCCCGCGGGGAACCCACUCCUCCCCUCAGGAGCUCGAGUGCCCCUGAGGCGCUCAGCUGCCUGGGUCCACAGGAGGCCACGCCAUGAAUGACCCAAACAGCCGGAGGAGGACACUGAAGAAAGACGAUGAGGCCUUCGAGAUCUCCAUCCCCUUCGAUGAGACGCCCCACCUAGACCCACAGAUCUUUUACAGUCUGAGCCCCUCUCGGGGAAACUUCGAGGAGUCUCCGGAGGCCCCAUCCCCGACAGUAGCCCUGAUGAAUGGUGUCAGGGCCCAGCUGCACAUGGCCCUGGAGAGGAACUCCUGGUUACAGAAGCGCAUUGAGGACCUGGAGGAGGAGAGGGACUUCUUGCGGUGUCAGCUAGACAAGUUUAUAUCCUCUGCCCGCAUGGAUGCAGAGGAUCACUGCCGGGUGAAGCCUGGGUCCAGGCGGGUUGAGGGGGAUGGCAGGGGUGGGGCUGGGGGCGAGGCCUCAGACCCGGAGUCAGCGGCCUCCUCGCUCAGUGGAGUGUCUGAAGAAGGCAGUACGAUGGAGAGGAAGAGGCAGAAGCAGAAGGGAGGUGCUGGCCGGAGGCGCUUUGGGAAGCCCAAGGCCCGGGAGAGGCAGCGGGUGAAGGAUGCAGACGGUGUCCUCUGCCGCUACAAGAAGAUACUGGGCACCUUCCAGAAGCUGAAGAGCAUGUCCCGGGCCUUUGAGCACCACCGCGUAGACCGCAACACGGUGGCGCUGACCACGCCCAUCGCGGAGCUGCUCAUCGUGGCCCCGGAGAAGCUGGCGGAGGUAGGCGAGUUCGACCCUUCCAAGGAGCGUCUGCUCGAGUACUCGCGCCGCUGCUUCCUGGCCCUGGACGACGAGACCCUCAAGAAGGUGCAGGCUCUCAAGAAGAGCAAGCUGCUGUUGCCCAUCACCUACCGCUUCAAGCGGUGAUCCCACCCUACUUGUCCCUCCGUGCCCCUCCUGGCACCGGGCGGGCGUGUGCAUGAGUGGUGUGCUCCUCCCGAGAGCCUAGGGGCUGGCGGCGUAUUUCCCACCCAGGUCACUGGCCCCCUCCUCUCCUCUCCCGUCCCUGGCACCUUCUCCUUCGUCUGCAUUCCCCGGGGAGGGGCGUCUACUUAGCUGGGCUCACCGGAGCCGCCGCGCAGGGCUCUGCCUUUCCCCAGCACUGGCCCCCUCCUCUGCCCCGGCGGGCCCCUGCUUCCUGGGGUGACUGCGAGACUCUCCGCGGGGCCAGGCACUCACUGUACAUAGCCCGUCCCCAUCCCAGCCCCGAGGAGAGGCUGGCCGGCUCUGCCAGGAGCUCUCCACCCGCAUUCCGGACGAAUAAUUAUUCAGAGGAUUUAAAUUAAAGAGAGACAAUAAAAUUUGGAAUAAACUC